AUGAGUUCUUUGAUCACCCACAUUGUGGUUCUUGGGUUAUUCUUCUUCUUCUUCACAGUGUGCCAAGCAGCUCUCACAAAAACAACUGUGCGAGUGAUAAAUGACCUCGGACCAGGCGUGACCCUUUACAGUCACUGUAGAUCUACUGAGGAUGACCUUGGACCAAAAUGGCCAGGGGUGUCUUCUCGAUCCUGCAAAGUUUUCGACGGAGAGACAGAUGAAGCAUUCUGUGGGUCACAAUGUGAUUGGUAUGUACAACGCAAUAGGGCAUGCCAGUAUAGCCAUAAGACUAAUAGCUCGGUAUGUGUCUUCUGGCCAACGAACCCAAAAGGGUUGGAAGAAGAAGUAGACGGAGCUAAGCUACCAUGA